AUGCCUCGAACUCGCUCCGCGGCGCCUUUAAAACAGGCCCAAUCGACUACGGUUCAACACAAUUCUCCAUUAAAGUCCGUGGAUAAGCCCAGCAGGACGUUCAUCCUUCCAUCCAAUAUCAGUCCCGAUGCACGUCUUCUUUCUCUCCCAAAUCCUCAAUCCGACGGCCUCUCCCCCUAUUUAUUCUGUCCGAAUCGGGGACUAUACGAGUUCACGACUAUCGUAGCACCCACUUCAGCGCCUCGGAGCAUUCUCUUCACGCCCAAGAAGCAUGAGCAAGCUACACCCGCCGCCAAAAUUGGAGAUGCGUCGGCACCCGCGUCAAUUGCGAAGAAGGGCGAACUACUCAUCGCAACUCCAAUUGAUGUUGCGUUUUUCUUGAUUCCGCUGCUUUCAUCUUCUUCCAAGUCUGGACAAUCUCUCUACCAACCCCUCGACGACAUCAUUGAUUCCCACGACGAUUUAUCUCCACACUUGCGCCAUGUGCUAUACAACGAGUCCUUCCGUCCCGUCCUCGCCGCGCGCGCCGAGGCGAUCUGUGACACCGUGGAGGCGGGCGACGAGAAAAUGUUCCGCUUCAGCGAGUCAAAAGUACUUCAGGAGUUGCUUGUCAAAGCAAAAGGAAUGGCCAAGCAAGGGCUCCCUGCUAGUUUGGAAGAGCGAUUCGUUCGUCAAGCACUGGCAACUCCACUCAUGUCGGUGAAGCGUGAGGAUGCUACGACGGGUCAAGGUGAAAACGGUGAAAAUGGUGAAAAGGCUCCCAAGUCAUCUGGGGGUGAGAACACAGAGACGCCGGACUCACCAGCCACGCUUGCUACCACGGCGACUCCCUCCAUCUCGACCCCGACUGGUGAAACAACUCCUGUGCCGUUGUCUGUAAAUGAGGACUCGGAUGAGAUUCGGCAAUUGCAGCGGAUUUCAAUUGCGCUGUCCUUCAUGAAAGAAUCGUACCUAUCCUCUGCGCUGUGUUCCAAAAUGGACGAGAUGCUUGCUUUGCCUGACUCGCCAUUGGAUCUGAAGCCCUUGUCUGAACGCCUCAGGGAACUUGUCACUCUGCGUGCGGAGGCGAUGGCUUCGCGAAAUCUGUCCGACUUCAGCCGCAAACGUGGCCUUGACGACGAGGAGGCCGAAAAUCGAGCCGAGAAGAAGCGGAAGAAAGAGGAAGAGGAAAAGAAAGCGAAAGCGUCUCUCUCUCGGGGAGUGCGGGACUUGCAGAAAGUCAACACCACGGGCAUGAAGAAAAUGAGCGACUUCUUCGGCAAGGCGGCAGCCAAGAAGAAAACAUGA